AUCCCCUGUCACUUGUUUAUCAGCAUUCAGCAAGCAAAUUUGAGAAGACAAACUCUAGUUAUGUUUUGAUAUUAUUUUGAUUUUUGUGAGUUUACCAUGCCUAGAGAAAGAGACCCCUUGGUUGUUGGUAGAGUUAUAGGGGAUGUUUUGGACCCUUUCACAAGGUCUAUUUCUCUCAGGGUGACCUUCGCUUGUAGGGAAGUGAAUAAUGGUUGUGAGCUCAAACCAUCUCAAGUUGUCAACCAGCCAAGAGUUGAUAUUGGUGGGGAUGAUCUUAGGACGUUUUACACUUUGGUUAUGGUGGAUCCUGAUGCACCCAGCCCAAGUGACCCAAACCUGAGAGAAUACUUGCAUUGGUUGGUCACUGAUAUUCCAGCAACUACGGGGGCAAGCUUUGGGCAAGAAGUUGUGUGUUAUGAAAGCCCACGACCAACGGUUGGGAUCCAUCGCUUUCUUUUCGUGUUGUUUCGCCAACUGGGUAGGCAGACAGUGUACGCACCCGGAUGGCGCCAGAAUUUCAACACCAGAGACUUUGCUGAGCUUUACAAUCUCGGAUUGCCAGUGGCUGCUGUUUACUUUAACUGCCAGAGGGAGAGUGGUUCCGGAGGCCGGAGGCGAUGAUACAUGCAUGACUUACAAAACAAUAUAAAGGACUACAUCUACUCAAAAGAUUACAGUUAAAUUAGUGGAUGGAUCGGAUUAAUGAAGAGCUAUAGCCAACCUACUAGCAUUUUGAUUUCUCCUCUCCUUACUUAGAUAUAUAGCGUAUGGAGGCAGCAGCUACUUUCUAUGGGUCACCAUAUGUACUUAGCUACAUUUGACUUAUUAAUAAAA